AAUUUCGAAAUUCCAAAAUCUCUUGAAUGUGACUUCCCUUUACGUUCAAAUAAUCAAUAUAAAUCGGAAGUUGAAAAACAUUGCCUUGAAUGGGUAAUGCAAUUCGGAUUGGUGACGAAAAAAGAAGCAAUUGAACGUUUUAAAAGUUCUAAGUUUGGUGUAUUUGGCUGUUAUGUUUAUCCAAACGCUCCGUUUGAUAGACUUUGUCUGGUUACCAAUUUCAUGAGCUGGCUAUUCCUCCUCGAUGAUCAAAUCGAUAACAAAAAUGACCUAAUCGAUAAACCUGAAAAACUAAAAAGCAUUUUGGAUGGUUUCUUAUUGGUUAUAGAUAGCGAUCAUUGCCCAGAUUCCGCCAAGUGUCCAGCUGCUCUCGCACUAUGGGACUUAUGGUCAAAAAUGAAAAGUAUAACUGGAAGAAAUUGGCAACUAAGAUUUCGUACAUCCCUCGCCAACUACUUUAGUUCGUACUACAUACAUUCACGGAAUUGUGUCUCCAUGAAAACUCAUGAAUCUGUUGAUGAUUACGCAAAGUUAAGAAGAAACACAGGUGCUGUACAAGUUACGUUCAAUUUUAUCGAGAUCACGCUCAAUAUUGAACUUCCAGAUAAAGUAUACGAUGAUCCGAGCUUUCAAUGCCUUAUGGACAAUUGCAAUGAUCACGCUUGCUUUAUAAACGAUAUUUAUUCCCUAAGAAAAGAACUUUUGGUCGGUGAUACAGAUAAUCUAAUUUUUGUUUUGAAAAAUUUAUCUAAUUAUUCCUUGCAAGAAGCUGUUAAUGAUGCAGUGAAAUUGGCAAAUCAGCGAGUUAUUCAAAUACGAGAAAAUAUCUCUAAUUUAUCAGAUUUUGGUACAGAAAUGAAUAAAACUGUUAAUAUGUACUCUGAAGCAUUAAUAGAUUGGCUUGCUGGUUCCUUCUACUGGCAUCAAAUUUCCGGUAGAUAUGCUGUAGGUGAUCAUGCUACUAGGAAAUAUAUGGAAUCUUACUUGGAACCAAUUUUGGCACAUGACAAGAAACACCUUAUCCGUUGA